GGACCUCGAAAGGUUUUGUGUUCUAUAAGAUAUAGUCAAGUAGUGACAUCUUAUCUUAUCAGACGCCAAUAUUAUCUUCCUUGCUAUGUCUCAAAUCAUCAGAGAGCAGACCAUCGACUUCGUCAUCCACUUGAUGAAAUCUCCAGACAUCAACCCAUAUCAGGCGACAGCUGAUUACCUCGUAGCCUUCCUUCAGCCACGUGCUUUGCCCUCUUGGUCACCCUACGUUCAGCGCGUUGUUGCUGCAGCGUUUUUGGUAAUGUUUCUUCAAUCCGCUUACAUUCUUUAUGUUCGCUCGAAGACGAAAAAAGUAUAUCAUAUCGGCUUGAAUGCUAUAGGACUGGUACAACUCGAUCGCGCAAACCACUGUGGAUUGUGUUACCUUCUAUACAGUAUACUCGCCAUGACUGAAAUUGUUUGGGGAGAGAUUGCACAAUCUGGCCAUCUAGACCAGGGAGGACCAAAUUUCAUACUCGGAAUUAACUUGAUGUUUACAAUUGCAUGCGCCAGAGUAAUCCUGUGGCUAUGUAUUUGCCAUUAUGCAUUGGUCAAGCAGAGAACAGUUUCACGACGCAUGACUCCGGUAGGCAAAUUGAUUCCAACCACUGUGACAUGGGCGCUGAACAUAUUGUUGGGGAUGAUUGUCUUUGUGUCAAAUGUUUCAAUCUUCAUUUCAUUCUUGUUACUCAACCUGGAAUAUCGCCGUAUCACACAAUUAUUGAGUCCUGUCAUUGAGAUCUUGCGGAAGUCGGCUUCUACCUGCGCCUUAUCUACAUGUAGCGUGAAUGAAGUGGUUCUCCAAAUCCUUUCACUCACACCGGCCUACCAUCACAUUGAUCUUGUGGUAAAGUACAACCAAUUGGGUUUAGACUUUUAUAUAUUCUUUUGUGGAGUUCUCAUUCUGCUUUACGUUCCAUUCCUUUUCCUAUUAUCCAAGAUAUUUACCAAUCAAACAGAAUUGGAUCAUUCAAUAAGGAGACAGCAAAAAGAAGUCUUUGCCAACACCUUAUUAGAAUUCACAAUUAUAUUAUCCAUACUGGUUUUGGAUGUCUGUGCAAGGAGCUUAAUUCGCAAGGGUGCUUUCAUGUUUGACCCAAACUUUUGGCUUAUCGUUCGGAUUGGACCAAAUGUUACCGUUGCAAUCUUGGGAAACAUAGCCUUAUUCUUAAUCUUAUACAAUCUCCGAGGGACUACUGUCACUCCUUCCAAUCCUCCUAUUUCGUUUUCAAAGUUGACAACAGGAAUAGGGAGUCACAAAUCUGAUGUUGAUCCCUUGCCAUGAUACAAUCUAGAUCUACCAACACUCUCCCGUAGCUUGAGCCCAUCAUUAUUGAUCAAGGAGGUCAUCUUCAUCAGCUUGGAAUUCUUAUGUUUGGAAGUUCCCUUUCACUUGAAUCCUGUAUCAUAUCUUGCUUACCAUGUACCUCCAAUAUGUUGAUUUCACUACCAUGGUCAUCAUAUGGAUGUUGACUUACUCCCUUGUAAACUUAUGAUUCUAAAUAUUCAAUGCAUCAAAAUUUGCUGUUCAGGGAUGAGAU